AUGGCCGCGGCCGCUCCUUCAGCGGCUCCCUCCGUGCCUCCUCCUCCUCCCCCUCCGCCGCCCGGCUCAGGGAGACUGCCGAGCCGUGUCCUGGAACUGGUCUUCUCCUACCUGGAGCUGGCUGACCUCCGAAGCUGCGGCCUAGUGUGCAAGCAUUGGUACCGAACUCUGCAUGGGGACGAGAACAGCGAGGUGUGGAGGAGCCUGUGUUUGAGGACAGUCAGCGAGGAGGCACUGAGAACAGAUGUGCUUUGCAACCUGCCCACAUACAAGGCCAAGGUUCGCGCUUACCAGCAUGGGUUCAGCUCCAAUGACUGCUCAAGAAAUGUCUAUAUUAAAAAAAAUGGCUUCACACUUCAUCGAAAUCCAAUUGCUCAGAGUACGGACGGAGCACGAACCAAAAUUGGCUUCAGUGAAGGGCGCCAUGCCUGGGAGGUAUGGUGGGAAGGGCCACUUGGUACUGUAGCAGUUAUUGGCAUUGCUACAAAACGGGCUCCUAUGCAGUGCCAGGGAUAUGUGGCACUCCUUGGAAGCGAUGACCAGAGUUGGGGAUGGAACCUAGUCGAUAAUAAUCUGUUGCAUAAUGGAGAAGUCAAUGGAAGCUUUCCACAGUGCAAUAAUGCACCCAAAUACCAGAUAGGUGAGCGGAUCCGAGUAAUUUUGGAUAUGGAAGACAAGACCUUGGCCUUUGAGCGUGGAUAUGAGUUUUUAGGGGUUGCUUUCAGGGGACUUCCAAAGACCUGUCUAUACCCAGCAGUGUCGGCUGUGUACGGAAACACAGAAGUGACUUUGGUCUACCUUGGAAAACCACUGGAUGGAUAA